CGGCGCAUCCAAAGCCCUUUUUGAGAGAGAGAGAGAGAGUCGGCGAUUGUGGGCGAAUAUAUAAUGAAGCGGUCUAAGUUCAUUAGUGUUUGCAAUCAGCAGCGCGCAGACACCCUCAUCAGGGCAGAAAGCUGCGAAGAGCCAUUCAUCAGUGUGAAGUGUUGUUCAUGGAUGACCCCUAAAUCAUGGCACUAGUAGUAGAUGCACUGAUUGGACACAGCAUGGGAGACUCAGCACUUUGUAUUAACCAACAGAGGCGGCGAGGAUGAGAAUGGGGGGCGACGCAAAAGUGGUUCAGUCCAAAUGACAGGAGGCGGCAGCGAAAGAGGCGACUCGUUGCACAAAACUUAGGCGGGGAGAGCAGCUGCGAGCUUGCCAAAUGCCGAAGCAGAGGAGCCGAGAAUUAUAAAUGGCCAAAUCCAUUCUUCACUGCCCGGGCUGGGGAGAUGGAUCUCCCCGUGCUUUAUGGUAGGCGCCUCUUUCCUGCGUGUGCGCCUCUCUCGCUCCCUAAUAAGGGAGGCAGGGGCUGAAGCUACCGCCGCCGAACCCGUUCUCCCUUCGGGGUACCUCCCCCCGCUCUAGGUUUAGAUGCGCCUGGCUGCCGUUGCUCCUCCCCCCCGGUUUCUGUGGCACUUUAUUGGGGGACCGUGCUCUUCCUUUACACCUCCCUUCUUUCGAGGAUGAGCGAAAAUAACAGUGACAACAACACUAAACUCCCGAGUCGGGGGAAGAGACGCAGCCCUGGAAGCUGUGUAGUGUGAAUUCCCGAGGAGGCUCCUUUCCCCUUGCUGACCCCUGGCUCGGCAGGACCGGGGACGGAACUUGCAAUACUUCUCUCUUUUUUCCUCCCACCCCUCCUGCCCUUCCCCUACGACGUCCCCCGUUCGGUCGACCAAACGGGCGGUGCUACCCUUCGCCUCGGCGCUGUUGGGCUGACUGAGGAGAGGAGGAGGGAAAGUCCGAGUUGAGGCGCCUCGGUAAGUGGCUCCGUCUCGCGCUCUUUAUCGGUCCUAGUGCCCGCGGGCCCCUCAGAACCGGAAGAGUUGUGGCGAAUAGCGGCGGGGGGGAGGGAGCGUUCGAGGGACGCCCGAGCGGCUCUUUCUAACAUUCCCCAGUUCUCUGCCCUAAAAUCCUGCCUGCUUGGCGGAGCUUUAGCUGCGACCAGCCUCAUAUGGAGCUUUCUUCUCUCUGGAGUUGCCCAGAAACUUUUCUCUCCCUCCCCUCCCGGUUUUCUUGGGUUUUUGUACCGAGGCUCUUUGCCGACGGCGGGGCUCGGAGAGGAUUCAGUUCUUGACCGAGAGAAAAAGGGAAGAAGUGAGGAUGAGUUGGGGGAUUGGCUGGAGGGCAAGGAGCUCCCCCAGGUUCGUCCUCUUGGUGUCAGAUCUGCCCGCGUAACAGUGCUCGGCGAAAGGGAUUGCCAGGACCUGUAGAAAGUGUAGAUCUGGUCUGAAAUGGAAAAGGAAAACUCCCAAAAAACGGCAACGGGGAGUGUUGGAGAGGUCUCUAAUUCAACUUGAUCUCCUCAACUCCUAGAGCGAGGGAGCAGCAUUGACAUGACCGGACGGACCAUCUGUUGAAAUCCGCGUUGUUUUUGUUAUUCCAUCGGUGCUCCAGGUCUCAGUCGGAGGAUUUGGCACUUUAAGAUUCAGCACGUUGUCCUUCGCUGUUGAAUUGAGCUCCUCCAGUCGCCACACGCCAAGCAUUUCCUUCUAAGCUAGUUAUAGUCUACCUUUCAGAGCUGUUGGACUGGGGUGUUCCACAUAAUGACAGUAUGAAUGUGACUGGUAUAGCAUUUUUAUCCUGUUUGCCUUCACUCCAGUUUAUCAGUUCGGAUGUUCGGGUAUGAAGAAGGUGGAAGGUGAAUAAUUAAAUGUAUAGAAGAAUUCCAGGUGGUAUGAUCUGACGUGCAUACAGAAGGAAUGAAGCAUGGAUGUGAAAGAACGCAGACCUUAUUGCUCCCUGACAAAGAGCAGAAGAGACAAGGAAAGGCGUUAUACAAAUUCUUCCACAGAAAAUGAAGAAUGCAGAGUGCCUACUCAGAAGUCUUACAGUUCAAGUGAAACCUUGAAAGCUUUUGAUCAUGAUUCUUCCAGACUGCUGUAUGGAAAUCGGGUAAAAGAUUUAGUCCCCAGGGAAUCUGAUGAAUAUACCAGACAAGGACAGAAUUUUACCCUAAGACAGUUAGGAGUUUGUGAACCAGCGACUCGAAGAGGACUGGCAUUUUGUGCUGAAAUGGGGCUUCCCCACAGAGGUUACUCUAUCAGUGCAGGGUCAGAUGCUGACACUGAAAAUGAAGGAGUGAUGUCUCCAGAGCAUGCCAUGAGACUAUGGGGCAGGGGGGUCAAAUCAGGUCGCAGUUCCUGUCUCUCAAGUCGUUCCAACUCAGCUCUUACUUUAACUGAUACUGAGCAUGAAAACAAGUCCGACAGUGAGAAUGGCACUGCUCAGUCCACCCUAUGUUGGAAUACUGCAUAUCACGAUGAGGAUCUAAUCCUGAUUGGAGAUACUGAAUGCCACGAAAAUACAAGUCCUCCCAUGCCAUCUUCUUCAUCUAGUCAAUCCGUUAUUGAACAUUUACAUUCCCCUCCUCCAUCUCCAAAUCUCCAUGACAACCAGAGAUGGUUGCUAAGUACUAGUGCUAUCCAGCCAGUUCAGGACUCUGACACUGAUGAGGACUAUACUGCCAGCUCUUACCUAGUACAGACCGGUCCUGUUUCAGUUUUUGCCUCAGGUCAUGAGCAACCUCCAAAUAACCAAGGCCAGUCGACCCUGCAACCUUUGCCACCUUCUCACAAGCAGCAUUCAGCACAGAAUCACCCAUCUAUCACCUCCCUUAACAGAAAUUCACUGACAAAUAGGAGGAACCAGAGUCCGGCCCCGCCGGCUGCUUUGCCCGCCGAGCUGCAAACCACACCCGAGUCGGUCCAGCUGCAGGACAGCUGGGUCCUUGGCAGUAAUGUGCCACUGGAAAGCAGGCAUUUCCUAUUCAAAACAGGAACAGGGACAACACCACUGUUCAGUACUGCAACACCGGGUUACACAAUGGCAUCUGGUUCAGUUUAUUCCCCUCCUACACGACCACUACCUAGGAACACCUUAUCAAGAAGUGCUUUUAAAUUUAAGAAGUCUUCAAAGUACUGUAGCUGGAAAUGUACAGCACUCUGUGCUGUUGGGGUCUCUGUGCUGCUGGCAAUACUACUAUCUUAUUUUAUAGCAAUGCAUCUAUUUGGCCUCAACUGGCAAUUACAACAGACUGAAAAUGACACAUUUGAAAAUGGAAAAGUGAAUUCUGAUACUAUGCCAACACACACUGUAUCAUUACCUUCUGGUGAAAAUGGUAAAUUAGGAUUUACACAGGAAAAUAACACUAUAGAUUCUGGAGAACUUGAUAUAGGUCGAAGAGCAACACAAGAUGUGCCUCCUGGGAUCUUCUGGCGGUCACAAGUCUUUAUUGAUCAACCACAGUUUCUAAAAUUCAAUAUCUCCCUUCAGAAAGAUGCUUUGAUUGGAGUAUAUGGCCGAAAAGGUUUACCACCUUCACAUACACAAUAUGAUUUUGUAGAACUUUUGGAUGGAAGCCGAUUGAUUGCAAAGGAGCAGCGUAAUCUUCUUGAGACAGAGAGAGCAGGUAGACAAACAAGAUCUGUUAGCCUUCAUGAAGCAGGGUUCAUUCAGUAUUUGGAUGCUGGGAUCUGGCAUCUGGCUUUUUACAACGAUGGAAAAAAUGCAGAGCAAGUGUCUUUUAAUACGAUUGUUAUAGAGUCUGUAGUUGAAUGCCCUCGAAAUUGCCAUGGAAACGGAGAAUGUGUUUCAGGAUCAUGCCAUUGUUUUGCUGGCUUUCUUGGCCCCGAUUGUUCAAGAGCAGCCUGCCCAGUAUUGUGUAGUGGCAAUGGGCAGUACUCCAAAGGACGUUGUUUAUGCUAUAGUGGUUGGAAGGGUACGGAGUGUGAUGUGCCUACCACCCAGUGCAUUGACCCUCAAUGUGGAGGUCGUGGGAUUUGUAUUAUGGGCUCUUGUGCCUGCAACUCUGGAUACAAAGGAGAAAACUGUGAAGAAGCUGAUUGUUUAGAUCCAGUCUGUUCAAAUCAUGGUGUAUGUAUCCAUGGAGAGUGUCAUUGUAAUCCAGGUUGGGGUGGUAACAACUGUGAAAUACUGAAGACAAUGUGUCCGGACCAAUGCUCUGGCCAUGGCACGUAUCUGCAAGAAAGUGGCACUUGUAAUUGUGAUCCUAAUUGGACUGGCCCUGAUUGCUCUAAUGAAAUCUGCUCUGUUGACUGCGGUGCUCACGGUGUCUGCAUGGGUGGAACGUGUCGAUGUGAAGAAGGUUGGGCUGGAGCAUCUUGCAAUCAAAGAGCAUGCCAUCCUCGGUGUGCUGAACAUGGAACUUGUAAAGAUGGAAAGUGUGAAUGCAACCAAGGCUGGAAUGGCGAGCACUGCACAAUUGCUCACUAUUUGGAUAAAAUAGUUAAAGAGGGAUGCCCUGGCCUGUGUAAUAGUAAUGGAAGAUGUACUCUUGACCAAAAUGGCUGGCAUUGUGUUUGUCAGCCUGGAUGGAGGGGAGCAGGAUGUGAUGUCGCCAUGGAAACUUUAUGUACUGACAGCAAGGAUAACGAAGGAGAUGGAUUAGUUGACUGCAUGGAUCCUGACUGCUGUUUGCAGAGUUCCUGCCAAAACCAGCCUUUCUGUCGAGGAUUGCCUGACCCACAAGAUAUUAUUAGCCAAAGUCAGCAAUCACCAUCUCAGCAAGCUGCUAAAUCCUUUUAUGAUCGGAUCAGUUUUCUUAUAGGACCAGAAAGCACACAUGUUAUUCCUGGGGAAAGCCCAUUCAAUAAGAGUCUUGCAUCUGUCAUAAGGGGUCAAGUAUUAACAGCAGAUGGAACACCACUAAUUGGAGUUAAUGUCUCCUUUUUACAUUAUCCUGACUUUGGUUAUACAAUCACUCGUCAAGAUGGAAUGUUUGACUUGGUGGCAAAUGGUGGUGCAUCAUUAACUUUAGUAUUUGAACGAUCACCAUUCCUUACUCAGUACCAUACAGUCUGGAUUCCAUGGAACGUCUUCUACGUCAUGGACACUCUUGUCAUGAAGAAGGAGGAGAAUGACAUUCCCAGCUGUGAUCUGAGUGGAUUUGUGAAACCAAAUCCCGUAAUUGUAUCAUCACCUUUAUCUACCUUGUUCAGGAUCUCUCCUGAAGACAGCCCUAUUAUUCCUGAGACACAGGUGCUCCAUGAAGAAACUGCAAUACCAGGAACUGAUUUGAAAUUGUCUUACUUAAGCUCCCAAGCGGCGGGGUAUAAAUCUGUACUUAAGAUCACAAUGACACAGUCUGUGAUACCAUUUAAUUUAAUGAAAGUUCAUCUCAUGGUGGCUGUAGUAGGAAGACUUUUCCAAAAAUGGUUCCCUGCAUCCCCAAAUUUGGCUUAUACAUUUAUAUGGGAUAAAACUGAUGCAUAUAAUCAAAAGGUCUAUGGUUUAUCUGAAGCUGUUGUAUCUGUUGGUUAUGAAUAUGAAUCUUGUUUGGAUCUAACAUUGUGGGAAAAACGGACAGCCAUUCUACAAGGUUAUGAACUGGAUGCCUCCAACAUGGGUGGAUGGACACUUGACAAACACCAUGUAUUAGAUGUUCAAAAUGGAAUCCUGUAUAAAGGCAAUGGGGAAAAUCAGUUUAUCUCUCAGCAGCCACCAGUUGUCAGUAGUAUAAUGGGUAAUGGCCGACGGCGCAGCAUUUCUUGCCCAAGUUGCAAUGGUCAAGCAGAUGGCAAUAAACUUCUGGCUCCAGUUGCCCUAGCUUGUGGAAUUGAUGGAAGUCUAUAUGUAGGAGAUUUCAACUAUGUUCGACGAAUAUUCCCAUCUGGAAAUGUAACAAGUGUACUUGAACUAAGCAGUAAUCCAGCUCAUAAAUACUAUCUUGCAACUGAUCCAGUCACAGGAGAAUUGUAUGUUUCUGAUACAAAUACAAGACGGAUCUAUCGUCCAAAAUUACUUACAGGAACAAAAGACCUGACAAAAAAUGCUGAUGUAAUAGCAGGGACUGGAGAACAGUGCCUUCCAUUUGAUGAAGCAAGAUGUGGCGAUGGUGGCAAGGCUGUAGAAGCUACUCUGAUGAGUCCCAAAGGAGUGACAGUAGAUAAGAAUGGAUUAAUCUAUUUUGUUGAUGGAACUAUGAUCAGGAAAGUGGACCAAAAUGGAAUAAUAUCAACAUUACUUGGUUCAAAUGAUCUGACUUCCGCGCGACCAUUAACAUGUGACACCAGUAUGCAUAUCAGCCAGGUACGUCUGGAGUGGCCAACAGAUUUAGCUAUUAACCCAAUGGAUAACUCCAUAUAUGUGCUGGAUAACAACGUAGUGCUUCAGAUUACAGAAAAUCGGCAAGUCCGUAUAGCUGCUGGAAGGCCAAUGCAUUGCCAGGUUCCUGGAGUGGAAUAUACAGUGGGAAAACAUGCAGUGCAAACUACCUUAGAAUCAGCCACCGCUAUUGCUUUAUCCUAUAAUGGGGUGCUUUACAUUACAGAAACAGAUGAAAAAAAAAUAAAUAGAAUAAGACAAGUAACAACUGAUGGAGAAAUUUCACUAGUUGCUGGAAUACCUUCUGAAUGUGAUUGCAAAAAUGAUGUUAACUGUGACUGCUAUCAAAAUGGCGAUGGCUAUGCUAAAGAUGCCAAACUCAGUGCCCCUUCUUCCUUAGCUGUAUCACCCGAUGGAACACUGUAUAUUGCAGAUCUUGGAAAUAUUCGAAUAAGAGCUGUGUCAAAGAACAAACCAUUGCUGAAUUCCAUGAACUUUUAUGAAGUUGCCUCUCCAACUGAUCAGGAGCUCUAUAUCUUUGACGUCAAUGGAACUCAUCAGUACACAAUGAGUUUAGUCACAGGAGAUUAUCUGUACAAUUUUAGCUACAGUAAUGACAAUGAUAUAACUGCAGUUACUGACAGCAAUGGAAAUACCCUUCGUAUUAGGCGUGAUCCCAAUCGGAUGCCAGUAAGGGUAGUAUCUCCUGACAAUCAAGUCAUCUGGUUAACCAUAGGAACCAACGGUUGCUUAAAAAAUAUGAUAGCACAAGGACAGGAACUAGUCUUGUUUACAUAUCAUGGCAAUAGUGGACUCCUAGCAACUAGAAGUGAUGAAAUUGGAUGGACAACAUUUUUUGACUAUGACAGUGAAGGCAGAUUGACCAAUGUCACAUUUCCAACUGGAGUGGUCACUAAUCUACAUGGAGAAAUGGAAAGGGCUAUUACUGUUGAUAUUGAAUCAUCUAGCAGAGAGGAUGAUGUCAGCAUCACUUCAAACCUAUCCUCAAUUGAUUCUUUCUAUACAAUGGUCCAAGAUCAGUUAAGAAAUAGUUACCAGAUUGGAUAUGAUGGGUCUCUCAGAAUCAUCUAUGCCAGUGGCCUGGAUACACACUAUCAAACAGAACCACAUGUUUUAGCAGGUACAGCCAAUCCAACUGUAGCAAAAAGAAAUAUGACUCUUCCUGGAGAAAAUGGACAGAAUUUAGUGGAGUGGAGAUUUCGAAAAGAACAAGCACAAGGCAAGGUCAAUGUGUUUGGCCGUAAGCUCAGAGUUAAUGGUAGGAACCUCCUUUCAGUUGACUUUGAUCGGACUUCAAAGACAGAGAAGAUUUAUGAUGAUCACCGUAAAUUUCUACUGAGAAUCGCCUAUGAUACUUCAGGACAUCCAACUCUCUGGUUCCCAAGCAGCAAGCUUAUGGCUGUCAAUGUUACCUAUUCAUCUACAGGUCAAAUUGGUAGCAUCCAGCGAGGCACCACUAGUGAAAAAGUAGAUUAUGAUGGACAGGGAAGGAUUGUAUCUAGAGUAUUUGCUGAUGGUAAAACAUGGAGUUACACAUAUCUUGAAAAGUCAAUGGUUCUCUUACUGCAUAGCCAACGGCAGUAUAUCUUUGAAUAUGACUUACUGGAUCGGCUUUCUGCAAUAACCAUGCCCAGUGUAGCUCGCCACACUAUGCAGACUAUCCGUUCUAUUGGCUACUAUCGGAACAUCUAUAAUCCUCCAGAAAGCAAUGCCUCUGUCAUCAUGGACUAUAAUGAAGAAGGGCAGCUGUUACAAACUGCUUUCUUGGGCACAAGCCGGAGAAUCUUGUUCAAAUACCGAAGGCAGACGAGGCUUUCUGAAAUUCUAUAUGAUAGCACAAGAGUGAGUUUUACUUACGAUGAGACAGCAGGAGUUCUGAAAACAAUAAAUCUCCAGAGUGAUGGCUUUAUUUGCACCAUUAGAUACAGGCAAAUUGGUCCAUUGAUUGACAGGCAGAUUUUCCGUUUUAGUGAAGAUGGAAUGGUAAAUGCCCGAUUUGACUACAGCUAUGACAACAGCUUCAGAGUGACUAGCAUGCAAGGUGUUAUCAAUGAAACACCAUUGCCUAUUGAUCUCUAUCAGUUCGAUGACAUAUCUGGAAAAGUUGAGCAGUUUGGAAAAUUUGGGGUUAUUUAUUAUGACAUUAAUCAGAUAAUUUCAACAGCUGUAAUGACUUACACAAAACACUUUGAUGCUCAUGGUCGCAUAAAGGAAAUUCAGUAUGAAAUAUUCCGAUCACUUAUGUACUGGAUUACAAUUCAGUAUGAUAACAUGGGCCGAGUAACUAAAAGAGAAAUUAAAAUAGGGCCAUUUGCUAACACUACCAAGUACGGUUAUGAAUAUGAUGUUGAUGGCCAGCUACAGACAGUUUACCUUAAUGAGAAAAUAAUGUGGCGCUACAAUUAUGAUUUGAAUGGCAAUCUCCACUUGUUGAAUCCAAGUAAUAGUGCUCGAUUGACACCACUGAGAUACGAUCUGAGGGACAGAAUCACUCGACUUGGUGAUGUUCAGUACCGGUUAGAUGAAGAUGGAUUUCUGCGACAGAGGGGCACUGAGAUAUUUGAAUACAGUUCAAAGGGCCUUCUUACCAGAGUUUAUAGCAAAGGCAGUGGAUGGACAGUGAUAUAUCGUUAUGAUGGACUUGGAAGACGGGUUUCCAGUAAAACCAGCCUGGGACAGCAUCUUCAAUUUUUUUAUGCAGAUCUCAUAUAUCCAACAAGAAUAACUCAUGUGUAUAACCACUCAAGCUCUGAAAUCACGUCUCUCUAUUAUGACUUGCAAGGACAUUUAUUUGCUAUGGAGAUUAGCAGCGGAGAUGAGUUCUACAUUGCCUCAGAUAAUACUGGAACCCCACUGGCUGUUUUCAGUAGUAAUGGUCUAAUGCUGAAGCAGAUUCAGUACACUGCCUACGGUGAAAUCUAUUUCGAUUCUAACCUUGAUUUCCAGUUAGUGAUAGGAUUCCAUGGAGGUCUUUAUGACCCACUAACCAAACUAAUUCAUUUUGGUCAAAGAGAUUAUGACAUAUUGGCAGGCCGUUGGACUACACCUGAUAUUGAAAUUUGGAAAAAAAUAGGGAAAGAUCCAGCUCCAUUUAACCUGUACAUGUUUAGAAAUAAUAAUCCAGCCAGCAGAAUAAACGAUGUGAAAGAUUAUAUCACAGAUGUUAACAGCUGGCUGGUGACAUUUGGUUUUCAUCUACACAAUGCGAUCCCAGGUUUCCCUGUGCCUAAAUUUGAUUUAACUGAACCCUCCUAUGAACUUGUGAAGAGUCAGCAAUGGGAUGAUGUACCGCCGAUUUCUGGAGUGCAACAAGAAGUGGCAAGGGAAGCAAAGGCUUUCCUAUCCCUAGGAAAAAUGGCAGAAGUCCAGAUCAGCAAGCGCAGACCUGGUAGUGAGAAAUCCUGGUUAUGGUUUGCAACUGUGAAGUCUUUGAUUGGAAAAGGAGUAAUGCUUGCUGUCAAUCAAGGCAAAGUACAGACCAAUGUGCUUAACAUUGCAAAUGAAGAUUGCAUCAAAGUGGCAGCUGUUCUCAAUAGUGCAUACUACCUGGAAAACCUGCACUUCACUGUUGAGGGAAAGGACACACAUUAUUUCAUUAAAACCACCUCACCCGAGAGUGACUUGGGCACGCUGAGAUUGACAAGUGGCCGGAAGGCACUGGAGAAUGGCAUCAAUGUCACAGUUUCCCAGUCCACCACUGUAGUGAAUGGCAGGACUCGUAGGUUUGCUGAUGUUGAAAUGCAGUACGGUGCACUGGCUCUUCAUGUCCGCUAUGGCAUGACGCUUGAUGAGGAGAAGGCACGGAUAUUAGAACAGGCUAGGCAAAGGGCUCUCUCCAAUGCCUGGGCCAGAGAACAGCAACGAGUGAGAGAUGGAGAAGAAGGGGCCAGGCUAUGGACAGAAGGGGAAAAGAGGCAACUUUUGAGUGCUGGAAAAGUUCAAGGAUAUGAUGGGUACUAUGUACUCUCUGUUGAGCAAUACCCCGAAUUAGCUGACAGUGCUAACAAUAUACAGUUUCUUAGACAAAGUGAGAUUGGAAAGAGGUAACACAUUGGUUGAGCUUGGCUUGCCAAAGAGACGGAUCUUGUGCCAGUGUCUUCUAAGAGGGGAGACCAAAUAGUUUGCUGCAUUAUUACUUGAGCCUAAAUGUACAUCUUUGCUCAGAUUUAUCUGUAGCACAAUCUGAAUGGACUCUACAACAAAGAGAGAGCCUUCCAGAAGAUUGAUAAUAUUAAAAAGAAAAACUGGAGUUAUGUUUUUUUUCUGAAUGACCUUAAAGGUGAUCUGCUUUAAAGAAUAUGUUUACAUAUGCAUAUCGCUGCACUCACGUUGGACUGAAAGUACUAAAAAAAAGAUCUAAAGAGUUUCCAACUGGCUGACUAUUCCAGUAACUAAAAAAGAAAGCGAUAACAGUGUUUCCAAAUAUUACUAAAUUGUUGACUUUUGCUUACAAGAAUUAGUUUUUUUUCCUCUUCCUUCUCCCCCUUUCUCCUCUUAUCUCCUGCUCACUCCCUUUCUCUGCCUAGGAUGUGGUAUAUAAUCUCUGUUCAUGUUAAGAAGGGGACAAAACUUUUUGUGUAUGGACACCCCAAUGGCUUUAACGGUGCUGCUUUUUGAAAGGACACUGGCACAAGCAAUUUAUUCUACAGUCAAAAUUUAGUAAUGGAUUUUACGGUGAUCAUGAGGUUUACCUUGGGGAAAAUGGCAAAUAGAAUUCUUGUCACAGAAAAGCAAAGGAAGCUUGAUUUUUUUGUAAAUUAUGUGAGACAAGUUGUUUAUGGAUUUUUAUAUGAAUUACAAUUUACUGUACAUCAAAUAUUAGUCUCAGAGGAGUUAAUUUAUGUAAAGUGUUUAAAAAAGUUUAUACUUAAAUAAAAUAAUAAAAAUAUGCAGUGUGUGAAUUUUUUAAAAAGAAUUGCACCUUUUAUUAUGUUAUACCUGUACAGUAUUAAGAGUUAUAAUGUAGAGAUAUAACAGUAUACAACAAUUGGAUAGAAGUGUUAAUAUUUUUGUAUUAACUUUAACAUGGUGCAUUUUUCUCUUUGGAUCGCUUUUGAGAAAGGAUGGAGGAAUCACAGACUAGAAGAAACAGAGUUGCUGCUCUUUUUCCUCUCUUUCUCUCUCUCUUUGCUUGAGCCCUGGCAAGCAUGGUUUCAUCAAUUACUGCUAAAAGGAAUGAAGAACAAUUCAGCAAGACCCAUUUGUUACCAUAAAAGACUUUUGUAGGCUGGACAUGCCUUGUUCUCUUUCAGAGCUCAAGAUGUACUUAUUCUUUUUACACCUUUCUAAUGUGUGGGUUUUAGAAAAUAUAUGGGAUGUGAAGUUGUGUUAUGUCAUAAAAGGAACAUUUCCAUACUUCUUUACACAGAAGUAAAUUCCUUUGUGGGAUGUAUUCUUUGAUGAAUAAAUUUAGGACUGCAAUCUCAGAUAUUUAGUGGUUCAUGAAGACAAGCUGAUGCUGUUCUAAACACACAGGAUUGAUUCUCACAAUAUGCUUAACUGGGUCAGCUGGAGGUUAAUUGUAUCAUGGAAAUACUAUAUCUGGUCAACCAUGUUGUGGGAAUUUAGCUCUUUUGUCUUCUGAGGAUUAAGCAACAUCCUCUAGAAGCCUCAUAAAACAGGAUCUUUUUAGGUGCUCAUUUUCUAUGGAUGUUAGUUUUCAUACACAUAUCCCUUAGACACAGGAAAGAAUGAGAAACAAGCAAAACAUGGGCAGGAAAUAAAUAAGAAUCUGCCCAUGAUGACAUCAUCACAUCAUUGUGGGGGUUUAUUUCUUACAUUUUUAGUCCAACUUGCAAAGGACAGGACAAGACAAGAAGCAGGUCUCCCAGCCAUCCUGAUUGUUGCCAAUAUGUGAUGGUGAGAGAGCAAUAACUGAGUUUCUUGUGUCUGGGAACCUGUGAGUCUUUGUGGUUUGUUUAGUUUUGUUUUGUUUUUCUGCAUGUGUGAAAAAGACAUACUCAAUUCUCUUCUGGAAGAAAAAAAAUAGAAUUUUAUCUGAGGAGAUGGAACAAAAAGGAAGGUUUCCUAUCAACUGAAAAAAAAUGAAAAAACGUUCAAGAAAUGAAUAGGAUAGGAUAGUAUCUAAUCAGCAUUUGUGGAUAUCAUAAUGUUUAAGACUUGCCUAUAAAGACACGUGUUAGAACUUGAGAUGUGCUGAUAGAAGAAUUUAAUAUAAACUAUGUAUAAUUUUCUUAAACCAGGUUAUAGUAUCAGAUCUCUCCUAUUGAAUACCUGAAACACCAACCAAAAGGAAUAUUUCUGAAUAGAUUCUAAAUAUAGCUCCAUUAUUGAUAAAAUCUGGGAUGGAAAGAGGGGAACAUAAUUUUCAUGCCAAAUGCCAACCUCGCACAAAGUUGGCCCAGCACUUUCUUAUUAAUUAAUCAAUCAAAAUACCUAUUUCAAGAAGUUUAACAUACUUAAAAAUUCUGUAAUGUCUAUCUUCACAUUUUUCUAGCUAGUUUGUUAGUACAGAUGUUUGUGUAAAAACUUGAAAUGCUCAGCUUCCAUUUAAAAAACCUUCAGGUGCAAAAAAUAUUGACAGUUUCUGGUAAUUGUCUUAUGGAAAAACACAUUAAAACAAUAUUUUGAUCCCCCGAUCCUUUUUUAUAAGUAUAAUAAUACAAGUUACUUGCAAUUGAGCUGAAUGUUGCAUGAUUUGAAAAUACAUUUAAACUUUUUAUCAGUAUUAGUAUUGCAUAAUUUAUAUGUGGGAAGGAAAAAAAUCUCAAAGGCCUAAUUUCUCUCUUACAUCCUUUGUACUAUUUUCAGCAGCAUAUAUUCGAAAAUAUUGUUUAUUUCGGGAAAACUAGUCCAUUUUUCUGUGCUAAAAAUCAAGAUUUAAAUGCCAGUUAAAUAUAUCUGAAACAUGUAAAGGAAUUACAUAAAUUACAUGAAUUUUUAAAUUGUUUUCUAAUUGCUUUCUGCACUGAGAUUCUGUAAUAGAUAUGUGUGCUUUCAGUUACACAGUAUGUAUCUUGUCAAAGAAUUAUGGAAUGAUCAAGCAAGUCACAGUAUUACUUACCCGUGUCCCAUUGGACACAACCUAUAGAAUAACAGUCUAGGCAUUUGGGGAAAAAAGCUAUUUUAUUACAUUUAAAGUAUAAAUAAAUGCUUUAUUGUUAUUUUUCAGACACAAAGAAUCCAAAUUUAGAAAUUAGGAUUAAAAAAAUGCUGAUCAGUGCCAUUAGUUCCUAUCUCAGUUUAAAUCUCAGUACAUAGCCUGUCUAUAGUUCUAUUUGGUAGAAUUGCAGAGGAUUUUUUUUUUUUGAAAGCACUGGGUUUGCUGUUUAUUUGGGCUCAUACUGGAAAUAUAGUAAUAUACUAUUCUAUAGAAAUACUACAACAAAUCUGCUGUAUGACAAGUUGGGAUAGCACUAAGCUUUCUGUUGAUGUGUCCUUGUGCUUUCACAAAUAACCCAAAACUUUUAUCUGUUGGCUUAAAUUGAAUGAUGGCCAAUUAGCCUUCUUUCAUAAGUCUUUAGUAGAUCUUUCUCAUACUGUAAAAAAUACCUGAAAUGUUCCUACAUGAUAUAGUGACUGGGGAAAAUGUAAACUAAUUUUUUUUUUAAAAUGAAAAACUGUAUUAAAGUAAUUCUCCUUUGGAAAUUCAGAGUAUUUUAGGCAAAGCUAGUCAAAAUGUUUUCAUGCAAUUUUGAAAUGUAUUUUUUGUCCAAUUUGUAUUGUUCUUUUCAUUUGCCUUCCAAACUUUAUAUGUAUCCUGAAGUUUUCCACAACUUGAUGACUAUAGAUUGCAUCUAGGCUUUCCAAUAAAAGCCAAGCCAAUGUG